CAGGUACCUGCCGCCCGCGGGCAGCAGAGGUCGUUGGUCCUGCCGGGAGAAGGGACGGGCGCACCUCCCGCUUCCCCCCCCCUCGCCCAGCUCCCGCCGCGCAGGGGGAGCCGCGGGGCUCUCCGUCCUUGCUGGGUGUGCGCCUGCCCCGCACGCAGGGCGGCCCGGGCCCAUGGAGCGCGCGUUCACGCCGCUGGACUGCCUCCUGCCCGCCGGAAACCUGAAGUUUUGCCUUCUGAUUUUGAACCAGCCUUUCAACAAAGGUCAUUUUCAUUGUCUGUGGAGCAAAGCUGCGCUGAGAGCUUGUGCUGAUGGAGGUGCCAAUCGUCUCUAUCACAUCACAGAAGGAAGCCAGGACAGCUUCUUGCCUGAUUACAUCAGUGGUGAUUUUGAUUCCAUUGAGCCUGAAGUCAAGGAGUACUACAAGGUCAAGGGAUGUGAGUUAAUUGAGACGAUGGAUCAGGACCUCACAGAUUUCACCAAGUGCCUUCAAAUACUCCAGAAAAAGAUAGAGAAGAAGGGUCUUCAGAUUGAUGUGAUUGUGACUUUGGGUGGACUUGGAGGACGUUUUGACCAAACAAUGGCAUCAGUGGAAACACUUUUUCAUGCAACGAAUAUCACUCCUUUUCCAGUGAUAGUUAUCCAGGAGUGCUCGCUGAUUUACCUGCUUCAACCUGGCAAGCACAAGCUGCACGUGGACACGGGGCUGGAAGGCAGCUGGUGUGGCCUCAUCCCCAUCGGGAACACCUGUGAGAGCGUGACCACCACAGGCCUCAAAUGGAACCUCACUAACCAGGUGCUGAAGUUUGGAAUGCUCGUCAGUACUUCCAACACCUACGACAACUCUGGGAUCGUGACCAUUGAGACAGACAAGCCUUUACUGUGGACAAUGGCUAUCAAAAUAUAAGAUCUGUUACAGCUGCCUUUUCUGAUCUGACUCAACUCGUAUUACUGCAAACUUUCACUGAAUUAAGACAGUAAAGCUGUUCCAAAAGAUGUAAGCAGGCCAUGAUUUUUAUGUACUGAAUGGAAAACAAGUCUGAAAUAAAAGUCACUUCAGAUCAAAUCAA